AUGAGCACCCCAAACCUUCUGACGAUACCUGUUGAGUUGCGCGAACUCAUCUAUGGCUUCCUCUUCAGCAGCUACACUAUUCAACAUGGCUUCAAGCACGCUAGCACACCUAGCGACGACUCUGAGUCUUCUAAUCGCAUAGCGCUCCUGCUCAGUUGUCGCCAGAUCUUCGCCGAGGCGCACCGCCAUCUCCCGCUCAAUUGCACACUCCACUUCCGCGGUACAGAGAACCUACUCGAGACUCUACUCUCCGUGGACCAGAGUGUGCUAACGCGUCUGCGCCAUGCCCGAGUGCGCGCUUAUCCUUUCCCCUUGUACUCCUCCGGAAGCUCACAGUACUACCCGACCUACUAUGCAGCGUAUGCGCUCACACUACUUCCCGGCCUCUGUCUAGAUACUUUGGUCGUCGAAGAUUGCUGGCACGGCUUCGGCAUGGGCGACGGUUGGCGAGAUGUCACCACCUACUUCGAUAUCGAGACACUCCUGAACAGCGAUGCUUGGAAGGAACUGACCUACAUCACCCCGUGUACCGAUUUUAUCGCGUCCGGCUACGAUCAUCGGCGUAAACGAUCGGCACAACCUGAGAACUGGGAUGCGCUCAUCAAGGAACGGGAUGGAGAGGAGUUCGGCGCAGAGGUCAAGAUGUACAUCGUUCCGUAUGCGCAGCAGACGGCGACUGGUGAUGAGAAGACUGAGGACGGGCGCAUCAUGCAGCCCUGGGCAGCGAAGCCAGGGCACGAAGUUAACGAGAAUUGGAGAGUCGCAGGGCCGGACCAGGAUAUGAAAGGUGAAGUAAGGAUCAUAGCAAAAAGAGGCACGAGGUCAAGAGCCGUACAGCUGGGACUCGCCGGGAAGAAGACCUGGAAGGAAUUGAAGGGCAAAGAGCCAGGCGGCUUCGCCCCCGAAGGAUGGGUACCGUACCAUAACGACAUGGCCGACGCAGUUGCGUGGAUAUAUGGGGGCCACGGCAGAAGGAUACAAUUGGCCAACGCUGCUCUGAAUAGUUGA